AUGGCAGUGUGCAAACAAACUAAAUAUAGCAGUUUUGAUCAACUUAGCCAAAAUAGCUGUCACAAAUCCUACAACAAGUUGGAUUUGGACACUACUGUCAUCCUGUUGUGCUGCAGCCCUGUCCUUAUUCUUCGUUCCAAGCGCCGUUUUUUGUUGACCCCUAAAGCUUGGCAGCUUUGCACCGCUGAGUUGGCGUAUUAUGUGGACGUGUCUUGGUUUCGGCCAUGGAUCAGACAGCAUGAAGACAAUGUCCGCGUCAUCGUCAGUAGCCUGUGGUAUGCCAUUUUCAACUUGCUCUUUGUGGUGGGCCCUGUGAAGUUCAUCUUCGACAACGGCGGAUCCUUGCGUGAGCUUGCGGUGUGGCCGUCGGAUGUGGGAGAUUUCGGGUACCAAAUGAUCAUGGCCUGGGUCUUCUUGUCGCGGCUGGUGAAAGUGGCGCCAACUACCACCAGUGAUGCGGCGGAGAGGAGCCGCGCAUUUAUUCAGAUCGCUUGGAACUCUUCAACUUUGUGGAAGUGGUUCUUUGUGUAUUGUUGGGUGCAGCAGACCACGGCCAAUAGGGCCAGGCAGGUGGUGGCUUACCCUGUGAGCUGUCUGUUUUUCACCCUCUUCCAUGUCGGCACACAAGAUGCGGAAUAUUUGAAGCGUGCAUGGUUUGCCAAUACCUUCUUGGCUUUGCCGUUCGCUUUCUUUGGUCUCUUUGCCAUCUGGCCCCUGGCGGCCGGUGCGGCCGGAGCUGUGGGAACCUAUACCAGCCAACGAUGCGUGGUGUGCGAUGAAAGCUGGGGGAGCAAGUGGCUAAAGGGCUACAAUACGCAGGUGCUCGGAUGCCUUGCCUUGGCCUUGGGCAGCGGCAGCUUGGUCCUGGGGCAUCGCCACAAACGUUUUAAGACUCCCUGUAAGUUGGCACGUGAGGGGCCGCGGUUCUUGCCUGCUAUGCCAUUCUAUAAGUCCCAGCGGCCAGCGGUGGAGUCGGGGCCGGCGCCGAGGUUCCUCAACAAAAGCAUACUCUGCUACCUGCUACCGGGUUCCGGCUACGGCUUCGAUUCUCUCACUGACUGCAGAGGCCUCCAGUUCGACCCUCGACUGCGGCCGCUGGGCGCAGGGCCAAGCUGCGGCCGCGAUGAUGCCACAGAGCCACGAUGGUUGCGCGGGUUACCGCAGAGUACGCAGGGCCGCCUCAGUGCAUGUAGCAAUGGAGCGGAAGCCAUGAAGGUCUUGGAGGAGGUCGUCAGCUUAGGCACGUUGCAGGAGGCCGUCCAUCCCGACGAGGCAUCUUAUGAAGAUGUAGCCGCUGCGCUGGCACUUUUGCAGCAGGCCAAAGACAAAGUGGCACGACUAGAGGCCUUAUGCGAGGAACGACGAAGGCAGCAUGCUGCAGAGGCUGCCGAGCUCCGGAAGCGCCUUGAGAAGGCACGGCGGCGCAGCUUGCGGCAGCUGCUGUUGAGACUCGCCCCCCCUGGCUCCGCCUUUGCGCGAAAACCAGCACCAGGCCUGCUGACCAGUCCUCUCCCAUCGCCUAGAGCAGAGCGCGCCAAGAAGGCGGCAGAGGUGGUGGAGCAAGGGCAGAGGUGUUUCGAGCCUGUGACGCAGGUGCAGAUUGCUUUGCCUAUGGAAGAAGCUUGUGCAAGAGACGAAAGGUCACAGAUUUCUUCGGCUCGUUGGAUUCAGUACCGGGUUCUGUUUCAAGGAAAUCUCUCAGAAUGGACUCAGCUCUACUAUACCACUCCCGGAAAGAGACUGGAGGUGGCAGCGAAGAAGGCUGAAUGGAACGCCUGCUUGGCCAAGAGCGGCGGCUUCCCAGGAAAGUGUGAGAAGUUGGAGAAGGAUUUGCGUGGUGCUUCUAAGGCGGAGGGCAUUGAAAGCUGCGUCGACGAGACCAUUGCUUUGAUGAAGUGUACCAGCAGCGGAUCACGUAGCAAGGGCUGCGCCACGCAAUUCCUGGCGAUGCGCGAGUGCAACCGCGCUGCUGGCAGGCAGCUGCUCCCUGAAGGUGGAGGUGCUUGGACUGGGCAAAUGAUCCUACGGCAUUAUUGUUGA